UCCUUCAUGCAGUCUGUCUUUGGUAAACUCUGUCUAAGAUAUGCUGACAAGAAGAUAAAAGAGAUUUACAUGCAGAUUGGAGAAAUAUGUAGAGGAAGGUGUCAUGAUACUCUAAAUUCUUGAUGGAUCAAAAUGGAGUUUCAUGCAACUAAGAAUCUACUUUCUGAUACCAACCUACUAAAGGUUGUAGAUUUAAGCCCUAAUGCAAACCUACAUUUCCAAGAAAGUGAUGUUGUUCUGAUAGCUGGUGGUUUUGAUUGCUUGUUACUGCAAACCCUUAAAAGAAGUCAAGUGUCAUGAUUUAAGAUGGCAAACUUCAUAUUACCAAAUGGUGAAUCUGAACCCAUAAUCUUUAGAUAGGAUCAGUGGAAGUUCUUCAGGGCUUAUGGAAUCCUUGAGCUAUGCAGGCCAUGCACAAUAAUUUACUGUGUUAGUGUGGUUUUAUGAGAGGUUUGGCUUAUGGAAUCCUUGAACUAAUGGUUGGGGAGAAGUUCUGUAACAUCUGAGAGUCCCCAAUCCAUACAACACUCUGCACCAUUUCACACACACAGCAUGAGCCAAGCUCACAACAAAUGUCUUGCGAGAUGAUCCCAUUCCCAUUCCCAUUCAUUUUAGUGUUGCCAUUGGCAAUUAUUAUCAUGUGUCAUUUUCUCAAACACCUUGUCAUUUAUCGGUUCUUGCACUUGCGUCCAUCAACCUCUGCCAGCAGAGAAGCAAAUCAUGGCAGGCAUCGAGAGGCCGCAGCAGCAGUCGGAGAAGAAGCAACGCGGCAGGCCGCCGCUACGCGCGAGGGCGGCCGCCCUGCUCUGCGCGGCCUGCUUCCUCCUGGGUGUGCUCUUCAGCAGGGGAGUCGACUUCCUGCCAUCGGAUGACAGAGCAAGAGCUGCUUCCUCUUCUUGCGAUCCGAACAUCGCCAACUCCUCGCAGGACUGCGAGCGCAACCGCGUACGCAAUGCUUCCUGUUAACCCCCUCCCGACUCGACGUUAAGCUCACCCAUUGCUACGUGUGUUCGUAGAGAUUAGGCGAACCCAAUCCGAGAGAUAUAAGGAAGGAAGUAUCGAACACCCGUCGAGCAAUCCGGUGAGCUCACUUCUCACGGACUCCCCGCCAUGAUCCGCUUUGCUCGUCUCAAUUCGACCUCUCUCUAUCCAUCCAUCUCAAGGUCCUUGGAAAAGUUCGUCGCAUCGUUGGAGACGGAACUGGCUGCAGCGAGGACGAACAGCCUCGGAGGAGGCCCGAAGAAGGCGUUCGUCGUCGUCGGAAUCAACACCGCUUUCAGCAGCAAGAAGCGGCGGGAAUCGGUUCGAGCGACAUGGAUGCCGAGAGGAUCGAAGCUGAGGAGAUUGGAAGAGGAGAAGGGCGUGGUCGUGCGGUUCGUGAUCGGCCGCAGUGCCACGCCCGGAGGAGCUCUUGAUCGGGCGAUCGACGAAGAAGACGCAAAGACGAAGGACUUCCUGAGGCUGGAGCACUUGGAAGGAUACCAUGAGCUCUCCACGAAGACCAAGGUGUUCUUCGCGACGGCGGUAGCCACGUGGGACGCCGAUUUCUACGCCAAGGUUGACGAUGACGUGCAUGUCAAUCUCGGAAUGCUUAUCGCAACCCUUGCUCGACAUCGAACCACACCAAGAGUAUACAUUGGAUGCAUGAAAUCCGAUCAAGUUUUGUUCCAAAAGGAUGCCAAGUAUCAUGAACCAGAGUUUUGGAAGUUCGGAGAGGAAGGGAACAAGUACUUUAGACAUGCCACUGGCCAAAUCUAUGCCAUAUCCAAAGAUCUUGCUUUAUAUAUCUCCACAAAUGCGCCAAUACUUCACAAGUAUGCAAACGAGGAUGUAUCCUUAGGUUCGUGGUUGAUUGGCUUGGAAGUUGAGCACAUCGAUGAACGAGGAAUGUGUUGUGGAACACCUCCUGAUUGUGAAUGGAAGAUACAAAGUGGGGAUAUUUGCAUUGCAUCAUUCGAUUGGACAUGUAGCGGAGUCUGCAAGCCGGUCGAUAGGAUGGUGGAAGUCCACACCAAAUGCGGUGAAGGGAAUGAGGCAAUUUGGAAUGCUCUUCCUUAGAUCACAUUCUAAUCACGGGUAAUAGUAAUUACUUGGCCUAAUAAAUCAACAAUAAUGUGGCCAUAUUUGCUUUCAUAGCAUCAUUUGAAGUGUCAUCAAAUUAUUUUUCUCAUUAAUUCAAAUAUUUUAUAUCUCAA